AUGGUGUCUGGGGUGGGAGAGAUCACGAUAGUGAGCGGCAACGAGGACAUGAUUCAGAUCCGGACAAGUGUACAGGCCAAGGGCGCGAUCAUCAAGAACGCAGCCGCAUUGGAGCCAGUCCAGGACGGGAACCAGUACCGGUACACGAUCCAUACACCUCUAGAGGAAAAGCUGGAGAAGGCGGUUACGUUUCAGGUGUUUGUUACUAUCCCACGACAGCUCGAUAGUCUGGAGUCCUUUACGAUUGAAGGCGCAAAUUUGGAUCUUGCGAUUGGAGAUAUUAGCCAUACUUUUAUUCGGUGUCUUAACAUCAAUAUCGGCCGUGGGGACACCAACAUUGAUGGGUUCUACGGAGAGUUGGCGACGAUCAACAACACGAAUCAGGGUGGGAUCAUAGGCAAGUUCAGCGUCGCACGACUUGUCGCCCAUGCGCGGUCAGGAAAAGUCAACGCGAACGUCCACCUCCUCAACACCGACGACCAACUCCCCUCCCCGCGCGUCAUCUGUUCCACAGCAAACUCUCGACUCGAUCUCGAAGUUGACGGGUCCGAUAUCUUCGGACCUUUUACAGUCGAAGCCAAGACACAAUGUUCACCACUCGAGGUAAAACUCCACCUUAGCGAAACGACUGCUGCCCUUGUGGCCGCUGCAGCGGCGGUCGCACCAGAGCAGCAACAACGUGUGUUGGGCAACUUUAUCAAUUUCGGAGGCGCAACCCGGAUCCAGAUGUCGAGGUCGUUCCAGGGGCGGUUGGAGACACGAACACAUUAUGGAAAGAUCUUUGUGGAGGACCCCGAGUUUUCGGUGAUUGAGGACGCGGUGUUGACAUUGCCGUCGGCCAGUGAUCGGAAAGUGCCGACGUUCUUUGCGCCGACGGAGCCGUUGAGUAUUCAUUCCGGGACGGCGACCUUACCCUCGCCGGGGUCUUAUCUGUCGAAUGUCUUGUCGUCGAGGUCAUCGAGUCAGGGGACGACGACGUCAUCUUGGGGCGGUCAGGAUGAUCAUCAUAGUAUUCCGCCGCUGUCGCCGGUCUCGACACACUCGCAGCAGUACCUCCAUUUCAAGAAGGGCAUCUACACCAGCAGUGCCAAUAAGCCCCCCUCAGCUGCAGGGUCGGGUGGAUCAUCAACUCACGGAUCUGAGCACAACUCGAGGGCAGAAUCAACGACAGGGUCGCUUAACGAUGGAGGAUCACCGGGGUCUGCCAGCAGUGUGAAUGGGGUCAGUAGUAAUAAGUCAGAGAAGCAGCGGAAGCGGGAGGAGGAGGAGUGGCGGUUCAUGACGCGGGAGUUGAUUGGGACUUAUGGACAAGGUGUUGGGUUGAUCAUGGCCAAGAACAGCAGUGGCGACAUUGUCGUUGAGUUGUUUUAA